UCUCCCACCACAUCCACCCGGAUGAGUGUGGACAUAGUCUUCAUGAAGAUGGUUUUUUUUCUUGCCGAUCAACUGCCGUAAAGGAGAUUUUGCUUUCGGAAGUUCAAGUGAACAAGAAUGAGCAGCGUCGUAUUUUAUUCUGUCGUACGUUCAGUCAUUGAAGUGAUCUGGACCUCAACGGAUGUAAUCGCAGAAUUUUGUCAAGUCACUAGCAUUGAUAUUUGCAAUGUCCAAAAAGUGAUAGCAGAGAAUUGUGUUAACAUUAAAAAUGGAAGAAACAGGUUUAAAGGACUGUUCCUCGACAGAUUCAAGUGUGGAAACCUUUUAUAAGGACUCGGUAGUUCUUAUUACUGGUGGAACAGGAUUUAUCGGAAAAGUGUUGAUCGAAAAAUUGUUGCGAUGUUUUGAAGUGAAAAGAAUUUAUCUCUUACUACGUGAGAAGAAAAAUGUAAAAUCCGAAGAACGCCUGAAGGAAUUAUUGCAAGAACCAAUAUUUCAUGUAAUGAAAAAUAAUAACCCAACUCCCCCCAGUGUGUUUGCCAAAGUGAUCGCAAUCGACACCAAUUUCCAGCAGGACCGAAUCAUAAGCGAUGGCGAUCGUAAACUGCUCCUGUCCGAGGUCACGGUUGUAUUCAAUGUAAUGGCAUCGGUUAAAUUCAAUGAACAUAUCGAGUCUGCCCUGGAUACAAACGUGAACUGUUCCCGGAAACUAUUCGACAUGGUAUCGCAAAUGCAGCGCAUCCGUUCGAUCGUCCACGUGUCAACUUUCUAUUCCAACUGCGAUCGAUCCCAUAUAGAAGAACGAGUCUUCGAUGAUGUUCCAUUUGGAGGUCACGACAAUAUUCUUCGAAUCUUUGAACAUCUCAGUGCUCCCGAAAAGGAUAAGCUAAUCCCAGCAAUACUGGGCCCAAUGCCCAACAGUUACACUUUCAGUAAAAAGUGUGCAGAAAUAAUGAUCAAACAAAGUUAUGCUCAUUUGCCGAUUGCCAUUUUUCGACCGCCCAUUGUCAUGUCCGCUUAUAUGGAACCGAUUCCGGGUUGGGUGGAUAAUUUCAACGGGAUUGCGGGGAUGUGCAUACCUAUGACACAAGGCAAAAUCUAUUGCGCUCGGGGCAAACCGGAUAUGCCGAGUCAUUCGGUGCCAGUGGAUUACUGUGUGGCCGCGUUGCUGGCAGUUGGUGCCGAAAUCAGACGCAAUCCAACCCCACAUCAGGGCAGUGAGUCUCCGAUGGUGUACAACUUUGCCACCGACCACAACAAUAUACGAUGGGGCGACUAUGGUUGGUGGGCUGCGCAUGGCUGUGAAACACGGCUGGGAAAAAUUUUCGGUCGCUACGCCCUGGGAGUAACCAAGUCUCGCAUCGUGAGACAGCUGUUCGUUUGGUGGUUUGUGUUGCAAGCCUUCACAGCAGAUCUACUAUUGGCAAUCGUCGGUAGAAAACGAAAGAACCUUCGGCUGGUGAAACGAGUUCUCGCACUAGAGGAUGCAGCCUGUUUCUUCGCCAUGCACCGAUGGACGGUGCAGAACGACAACAUGCGUCGAGUUCUCGGUGGAUUGUCCGAACAGGAACGGAAUCUGCUGCAGUUUGACAUCGACAAGCUCGAUUGGAAGGAUUACUUCAAGAAUUUUCUACCGGGUAUAAAGGCAGCACUAUCAAGGUGCUCCCAGCGAAGGAGAAAGGAGUGCGGUUGAGGUGUUGGUUAAAUUAGUUACUAUGUCUCUUUCGAUCGGCUAAGUUUAUGCAGCAUUCAAUUCGUAAAGUAAAGAGUUUAGAUUGACU